GAGGGGGUUUAAAUUUGAACUUCCCCUCCAGAGAAUAACAUUACUGCCUUUAAGCUUCACACUUUACAUCAUUUGGAUUUAGGAGUAAAAGACGACAAGAGGAUUAGAACUACAGCUAUUAAUCAGUUGAAUUCGGAUUUUAAAGGGUCAUGGAAGGAAGUCCGCAGUCUUCACUGUCAGAAGAGGACUCUUCAAGCAAAGAGCGCUCUUUACCUGAGGAGGAGAAUGAUCUUCAGUCUGAGCAGGUGGAGGAUGUGGCACAUGAAGAGUCUCUUCUCUCUGGGGAGGAGCAGUUAACCCUCAUCACAGAAAGCAUGUCAAUCACCUCCUCUGAUGAAGAGAAGCUUCAGCUCCUCAACAAAAACACUGAACUGCGGAGACUCAACAAAGAGCUGAUGAAACUGAACGAAGAGUGGGAUCAUAUCUACCACAGCACAAGUGUGAGCCUCCAGCAGCGUGUGGCGGAUUUCGAGGAGGAAAACGCUGCCCUCAAACAGCUCAAAAGCAGACUGCUGCUCAAAGUAGAACAUGAACAGAAUAAGGGGGAAUAUUAUGAACAAACACUGAUGCAGGAGCUGAAGAAAAACCAGCAUCUCCAGGAGUAUAUCCGACUGCUGGAGAGCCGACUGCACCAAACAGAUCUUCAUCAGUGGACCAGGGGGACACAGACACCAGAUAUGAGUGGCACCUCAGACUCUCGGCUACUCCAGCGGUCCUCUAAACCUUCCCUGGAUGUACGGUCGACCGUGUCACCGGGCACAAAGUCGAGCCUCAGACUGGCUGUAAUGGGAAUGGAGAUCCAGUCUGACCCGGUGAGAGAGGUUCAGGAUCUGAAAGAACAGCUGGAGGCGCUGCGGUGUCAGACUAAAAUCUAUGAGGCUGAUUAUAAGACGGAGCAGAAGGACCAUGAGCGCAUGCUGCAGGAGAACAAGAGACUGCGGCGCAGAGAAGCGGACAUGCGUCAGCAGAUGGCGCUGUUGCAGGAACAGCUAAAGGUGUAUGAGGAUGAUUUUCACAAGGAGCGCUCAGACAAACAGAUUCUCCAGAGACUGCUGAUGAAGAAAUCUCCAGCCGAGAAAGAUCCGGUUCUGGUGCAUCGCUGCAACAACGAGCAGGACCGGCCCAGGACCGACAGGAGGAAGAGCCGAGGAGAUCAGCGGGGGGGAUACGUGUGUCCCAAACACUGUGAACAUCACGGGCAGCCGGACUUCCACUGAACGCUGACACGCAUUCAUUCAUCACAAGGGGAAGCAAGCUAUUUUUUUUUAUCUUUUAGAUCCCGUUUUAAUGCUAUAUUUAUUGGUUCUUUAUUGUAUUAUUCUUUUAUAUUACUGAAAGGAUUGUGUUUGUACAAUGACUGUAUGGACACUGUGCACUUUUGUAGUUUUAAUAUGAGAGUUCAAUGGCUGAAACUCAAACAAGCCAUGUCAGACAGUAAAUAUUGUAAUCUUUAUAAGCCUGUUUUUUUUUUUUUUUUUUUUUUUUUUUCAGUUAAUAUGUCAGCAAAUGGACCUUUUCUUAAUACAUUACUAACAGGAAACAACUUGAGAUGAUUUUGCACUUUGACUUUAAGGAAACCCAAGGCCAUUGGAAUUUCCAGAGUAUUGAACGCAUUGUUUUACUCAUACAUAUUUUCCAGGAAAUUUUCUCAGUUGUGUCAACCAAUUCACCUUUAUUUAUGAUAUUUCCCAAACAUAUCAAUGCAGUUCAAGAACAAUUCACAAUAGGAUAAAAAUGACAUAAUAAAUAAAAUAGAUUACAACAAUAACAUUAAAAAGUGUGGAAUAGUAAAUCUAUAAUGAAAAAGAAAACAGCAAAUGAAUAAUGAUUCAUUUAAAUUCAGUGUGGUUGUCUCUCAAUAAUGCCAUGCUCUUGCACCUGUUAUAGGUGAGGCAUUGUCAAUGUUUGCUUGUUUGUUUGUUUAUUCAUUUUUUAAGAUUAUAUCCAAUUAAAUGUGUCCCUAUGAAUUGCUUUGAAAUGUUCAACUAUAUUGUUUCAAUAAAAUACACAUUAAAAAUAUA